AUGAAUACCGCACCAUACACCCCGCUCGAGUCGCUGCUCCUGUUCCAAGCCCUCCUUGUCCACGGCGUCGAGGCCGCCGCCUUUGCCCGCGUCUCGGAUCUCCUCAAGGCGAACGCUCUCAUCCGGCAUGACGCGUCCUACGACGCCGCACGCCUCAGCCCUGAUGCCCUGCGCCAGCUCUUCCUGCACCUAGUGCGGGAGGAGCUCAGGAGUGAGGCCGCCGCUGCCAAUGCGAACGCCAACCCGAACCCGAACCCCGACGCCAACCCUGCACUGUCGCCGAACUCGAGGAAGCGAAAGGCCCAGAGCCCUCCUCUGCCGUCGCUCAAGGAGGUCAUCGACAACUUUGGGAAGAUCCCCGUGCUGGUAGAGAAGCUCUACGCCAGGUAUCGGGAGCAGACGGUCAGGGCCAUCAGGGAGGAUGAGCGCAGAGCCGUCCCUUUGCAGCGGGAGAUUCAUGUUCUGGAGCAGGCCGAGCGUGAGGCAGAAAAGGCCCGGCUUGACGCGAAACGCCUGCCAGCAGCUGCGCAGCCCCAAAAUGCCACGUCCGUGCCGGCGCCAUCACCAACACCAACGCCGACGCCGACGCCGACGCCAACGCCCGAUCUUCAACGCCCGCCUCAACCACCCAAGGGGCCCAGUCCCGUUCCCGCAACAACGCCUCAUACCGCGCCAUCACCAGGCCCCGUCGCGAUCCAGCCAGCAUUACCAACACCGUCACCUGUCCCUGUCCAAGCGAAGCCAUCGCCCGGACCUCAACAACAACAACAACAUCAGAUUCCUUCCCGCAAUGUAGCACCUCCGUCAGGACCCUCCCCGCCGCCGCCGCCGCCGCCAACAGCCGUACCACAAGCGCAGACACCGUCCCUGACACCCCAAGGCAAGGCUCAGCAGCCUUUCAAGCCAACAGGUCCCCCAAGUCAGGUCCUUCAACCGCCGAUGGGAGCCAGCCAGCCGCCGCCACGCAGCCUGCAAUCGACAACACCAGUGCCCUUGCCCGCCAUCUCCCCACGGCCAGAUGCCGCAAAGCCAAAGACGCCUGGACCAGCAGUGGCCGUGCCUGUGCCCGUUCCCCAGCCUGGGACCCCGAGCACGCUCAAAUGGGAGAAGCCAUACCAGCCCCCUGGACCGGCGGCGCCGCUCCAGGGACGCCCUACGCAACCACAGCCACCGGCAACCAAUGCGCAGUCUGCACCUGGACAGGCGCAGCCGGCUGCUGCUUGGCAUCCACCACCCCAAGGACAACAGCCUUCCAAUGCACCUCAAGCGCAAGCUCAGGCUCAGGCUCAUGUCCAAGCCCCAGCUCAGACUGUACAUCACGCCAAUGCCCAAGUACCACGACCACAGCAGCCACCUUUACAGCAUCAACAGCCGGUCCUUGUUCCCCCACCAGCUGGGGGUCAACUCGUGCCACCUGCACAUCCGGCCAGCCGUGCUACCCCAAGUCUCCAACCUACUCAACCCACUGCGGCACCUCAGAGACCACCAUCUACGACCCCACAGCAACCGCUGGUGCCACCACCAGGCUGGGUGGUCCAGCCUCCAUCACAGCAGACGCAGCAACAGACUGGCCAUACGCCGCAACUUGCGCAGCAGCAAUUUAGUCCUUCGCCUACCCCAUCGCACCCACAGACCCAGCCUGGUACCGCACAGAAGCGCGUUGGCUCACCUUACACCAACCAGCCUCCGAAGCCCGCCAUCCCAGCUCACUUGGCCGGCCAACUGCCUGCUUCACCAUCUCCGGCGCAGCGAAACCCCUAA